CUUCUGUGGCUCGUCGAACCACACUCGGAGAUACGUGAAGAUGGGACAAAUUCAUUCAAAAGGCAUGACACAACUUCUGCCCGUCCACACCCACCAUCCAUCUCUCACCCUCAUCGCCCUUGCUUGCCCACGAUGAAGGACACCCUGCGCGAGACGUUUGUGGGCCAGAUUGUGUACCAGCUUUCGGGCAAGAAGCUGCUUCGAUAUCCAGAAGAGGAGCCCGACUUUGUAGUCCCAGAGAAGUAUAAGAAGGGGUACAAGGAAGGCCUUGCGCAACGUAGCAGCAGCAGCAACGACAAGAGCAACGAGAAGCCGGCGCCGGCUUCGGUACCGGCGUUUGAGCGCCAACCAAGCGGCCUCAGCACACCGGGUACCGACCGUUUCUUCGACGCGCACCAUGACCAACGCUCCCUGUAUGCAGCAGAAGGAGCACCCACGCCAGCCAACGAGAAGCCUUCACCGCCGACUCCGGCCAGCAGCGGCAGUGACGCCUCGUCGCGAACUCUCGAUGGCGCUGCCACCUCAGGCGUGCCCAAGGACGGCGGCGACCAUGGUCGCAUGCUCGAAGAGAACCGCAAGGCUGUCGAGCGACAGGACAAGGAGGCCAAGGGACAAGAAGACCCCUACAUCGUUGACUGGUACGGUCCAGACGACCCUGCAAACCCCUUGAAUUGGAGCAUGUCGAAGCGCAUGUGGGUCACUUUCAACCUCUGCUUCCUCACGUUUUCAGUGUACGCCGGCUCUUCCAUCGUCACGCCUGGUCUCGAAGCAUUUGCUAUGGACCACAGCAUCGGAAUGGUCCCGGCAUCGCUCUCCAUCUCACUCUUUGUGCUGGGGUACGGAAUCGGGCCCAUGUUCCUCUCUCCCCUCUCGGAGAUUCCAUCCAUCGGCCGCAACAUGCCCUACAUCAUCACGCUACUCAUCUUCGUCGUGCUGCAGGUGCCCACCAUCGUCAUCAACUCGACGGCAGGAUUUUUCAUCCUGCGCUUCCUCGCCGGCAUUUUCGGCUCCCCUGCGCUCGCCACGGGAGGCGCCACGAUCGGCGAUAUGUUCUCGGCCAAGUACCGUUCGACUUGGAUUGGCGUUUGGGGUCUCUCCGCCGUCUGUGGUCCCACGCUCGGUCCUCUCAUCGGAGGAUGGGCAUUCCAGGGCACCAUGGACUGGCGCUGGACACUCUGGCCGCUCCUCAUGGCCUCGGGUGCAGCGCUUCUGCUCCUCUUCUUCACCCUCCCCGAGACGAGCUCCACGAAUAUCCUUGUCCGCAGGGCGAAGCGUCUGCGCAAGUUGACUGGUAACGAAGAGCUGCGCAGCGCUGGAGAGGUUGCUCAAUCACAGAUGACUGGAAAGGAGAUUGCAAUGAUGACUUUGGUCAGGCCCUUCCUCCUCACCGCGGUCGAGCCGAUGGUCUUUUCACUCAACCUCCUUAUUGGGCUAGUUUAUGCAGUCCUCUACGCUUGGCUCGAGGCCUUCCCUCUCGUCUUCAAUGGUCCGUACGGCUUCAACUACGGUCAGCUGGGUCUGGCCUUCCUCUCUCUCUUCAUCGGAGCAGUGGUGACCUACUUUGGCUUCGUCGGAUGGGUCAAGGUCCGCCUCGAGCCUCUCUACGACAGACAAAAUGGCCAGAUCCAGCCGGAGGUCCGCUUGGAGCCCUCCAUGUUCGGCAUCUGGUGGUUGCCCAUCUGCCUCUUCGGUUUCGGCUGGACGGCAACUGCGUCGAUUCACUGGAUCGUGCCCCUCAUCUUUGCCGCGUUCUUCAGCGUUGCCACAUUCCUUGCUUUCCAGUCAGUCCUCAACUACCUCGCCGACAGCUACCCAGACUACAUCGCAUCGAUCCUGGCUGGCAACGACUUGUUCCGUGCGGGGAUGGGAGCAGCCAUGCCUCUGGUCGCGCGAGCCAUGUUCAACAACUUGCAGGCGAAUGGACCCAAGGCCUUCCCCGUUGCUUGGGGCAGUACGCUGCUGGGCUGUAUCUCCCUUUUGUUCAUCCCGCUACCCUUUUUGCUCUACAAGUACGGGCCCAAGCUUCGCAGCUACUCCAAGUAUGCCACGUACGGCCAGUAGGCGCGCCCUGUUUCGAUGUCCCGUGAUAUCAAUAGAUCUGUUGGACGCCAUUGCAUCGGUGUGAAGCGAUUGGCCAGCGUCGUGAGAAGUCUAUAUCGUCCAUGAGUUAUUUUGUGCUGCGCCAAGGCUGCCCAACAUAUUCGGUGACAUCCAGGCGGAGAUGUCACGCGACUGCGCAAGACAGGCGCCCGAGAAGACGGUGUGAACGA